AUGCAUCUCCUUCGCAUCUCUAUCGCCAUCAAGGCAUUCGGUGUGGCUUUUCUCUAUGCUACUGCCAAUGCAUCAUCGGAAGCUCCUCGUGACUGGACCAGUCUAAAACUCCUCACCAAGGCCGCCGACUCACAAGUCCAAGGUGUUCUUGACAACAAGAAUACAUCUUUAACCGGCUCACCAAGAUCCCUCACCCGCGCGGUCCGUCAAUUGGUCGUACCUUUCCUAUGGCCAAACUCGACAUACUUCCACAAUGAGACCCUGGUGCCUCACAUCGAGGAGAUGCUAGAUGUCCUUCAGAAAGUUCAGCAUGACGAUGGUACAUACACCGUCGGCAAUCGCCACUCGCCACCUGAUACUGGCUUCUUGAUUGAAGACUUUGGUAUCAUGGUACGCAUUCUUGAAAAGGAUGAUCACGAAGCCUCGCAGCCUUUCGCAGAUGUCAUUCGUGGUCUUCUCGUCAAAGCUGGUCCUGGUCUUGCUAAGGGCGGAAUUCACACGCCUAACCAUAGAUGGAAGAUUUGUAGCGCUCUGGCGCGUAUUUCUAGCAUCACAGAGAAUGAAAGCUACGUCAAGAGGAUUGAUGAGUGGCUUGCAGAAGGAAUCGACAUCGACGCUGAUGGUAUUUACUCCGAGCGAAGCCCCAACUAUUACUCGGCUGUGUCAAACCCUUCGCUCUUGACCGUUGCUCAUGAGCUCAACUACACCGACCUGAUCGAAUACGUCCGCAUGAACCUCGAGCUAGCCAUUGAGCACGCGGAACCCAAUGGCGAGAUGGAAGUCAUCCAAAGCCGUCGCCAGGAUCAAGCCCAACCUCCUGUCGUCAACAUGGGUAACUUCUACCCUCAAUUCCGUGAGCUUGCUCUCCUCGACAACAACGGCCGUUUUGCUGCGAUGGCUCGCCUGAUCGAAGAACUCGUCGGUCCACAACUGGGUGAUUUCCUGGCUAACUUGAUGGAGCGUCCUGAACUCGCUGCCCAACUACCUGAACCAGAAGACCCAUUCGUCGAUUUCGAAAAGCACUACACUUCAGCUGGUCUCGUACGCGCACGACGCGGAAACUUGACAGUCUCUGCAUUUGGUGGUUCAGACUGGUACAUCGAUGGUAAAAAGGCCGAAUUUUACAACCGUAUGGGAUCGGGUCUGUCUACCAACCCAACCAUGUUCCGCGCAUGGAACGGAAAGGCUGUUCUUGAAGCCGUUCGUCUCAGCGCCAAUUUCUUUAGCAUGGGCCAUUUCCGAUCCAAUGGAGUUAAUGUGUCUGAUGACGGCACUAUCAAGCUGGGAAGCGAGAUCGAGGUUCCGUACUAUCUCCCCAUGCCAUCUGAGCGUCGCGAUGAGAAUGGUACAUACAAGCUGUCUCGUUCUGUGGACGGUCGCUUCUACGCUAUGCUUGACUUUGAGAACCGCCCUGCUAGCAUGCGCCGUCUCAAGACCGAAGUCGAGAUCAGCCCCACCAAGGCUGGCUACGACCUCAACUUUCAGGUCACUGGUGAGGAUGAUGUCGAGCUUACUUUUGAACUGACAUUCCGAGAGGGUGGAAAGUUCAAGGGCGUGAAGGAGUUUGUCGACAGUGAUAACACCACUAUUUAUCGUCUUGCGGAAGGAGAGGGAGAGUAUACUAUGGGUGAUAACAAGAUUACUUUCGGACCUGGAAAUGGUAUGGGACUAAUUCAGAAUGAUGCUGGUGAACAAUAUAGCUGGCACGGAGGUAACUUGACUUUGGGGGGAAGUCAUGUGUACAUCACUGGUGUGACGCCUUUGAACUAUACACUCAACCUGGGCUUUGCUUAG